AUGGCAUCAUCUCACGGCGAUACUAUCUCCAAUAUGAAGGCGAUGCUGGCGAGCUUGAGCUCAGCUGUGCCAUCGCAACGCCGCAUGCCACCAGCCGGAUUACCUGCUCGCGGUGGAAACGUCGUUCUAGUCACCGGGACAACCGGGAGCUUGGGUUGCCAUCUUCUCGGAGCGCUCGCUAGGUCCUCUGACGUCCUUCACGUGUAUGCUCUCAACCGAGCAUCCAACAACGCGUCAUUGAGUACGAGGCAGCAGGAUGCACUAGUUGAGCGUGCGAUAGACCCAUGUAUACUGGAUCUGCCGAAGAUCACCUUACUUGAGGGCGACCUUAGCUUGCCCAACUGGGGGAUCGCGAAGGACAAAUACCGUGAGAUGUACGGUUCUGUCACUCACAUAUUGCACAACGGUAGCCACUCAUGGCGUGUGGAUAUGAUGAGCGGGCUGGACGCGUUCGGGCCUGUCUUACUAGGCCUUCUUCGCCUCGUCCAGUUUGCUCUCGAUUCUCCCUGCGCAGACACACGACGCCUGCUGUUCAUCAGCUCAACUGGAGCAAUCCAUGAGGCACCACGUGACAUGCCAAUCGCUGAGGCACCUGUCGACCCGAUAUACGCCAUUGGAAACGGCUAUGCUCAGUCGAAAUGGGUCGCUGAGCAGCUACUACUUACCACAGCACAGAGGACCACGCUGGAUCCACUGAUUGUGCGUGUUGGCCAGCUCACUGGUGGACCUGCUGGAGAUUGGGCAGCAAACGAAUGGUUCCCUGUCAUGGUGCAGAGCGCCCCAUACCUUGGGUGCUUUGUCGACGAUCCACGGCGAUUUGGGAGUACUGAUUUCGGGACACGAUACCAGCCGUGUCCCUUCCUUCCUUUCGACAUCGCCGCGAACGCGCUCCUUGACAUGCUACACGCGUCGAGCCCUACCCACAUCGUGCACCUCAUUCAUCCGCGUCCCGUGUGUUGGAAUGUCAUUGCAAGGCAUAUCGCCAAGGAGUUUUCUGUCAAGCUUGUGCCGUAUAGGAAAUGGUUGGCACUAUUGGAAAACGCGGCAAGACUGCUACCAAAGGACACCGCGGCGCGCCGGAGGAAGAUGGGGCAAUGUCGUGCACUGCGGCUACUCCCAUUCUUCCGUAUCUACGUACAUGAUGGGUCAGAGGUCAGCCCGUUGGCGAUGGGCUGGCCUAAUCUCGAGGUCAAGGAAGCUGUCGCGGCUUCGCAGACACUGGCAGAUCCACGCCUACGGAAGUUGGAGUCUGAGGACGUGAUGAAGUGGCUUGAGUAUUGGAGGAGAGUUGGCGCUCUUCCUGCCGGUAGCUCUGUGGCGCGAUUAUGA